AUGUCGAAGGGCACAAAGUACCUGCUGGUGUCGCUCCCGACGUCCGUCUCGCCCAGCAACCAUGCCGAAGAAGCGCUGACGGCCCUGCGCUCGACGGUCACCAAUGACGUUGGGUCCACCUACUCGUUCGCGAUCCCCGAAUUCAAGAUUGGCACCCUCGACGCGCUGGUGCAGCAGGCCGACGACCUCGCGAAGCUCGAGAGUGCCUGCCACGCUGUCGUAGGCAAGGUGGGCGACAGCCUGCGGACCAUCCUGGACGGCGACGAGGACAAGGUGCAGCAGCAGAAGACGAUCAACGACAAGCCCGUAGACCAGUACCUGCGGACGUUCCAGUGGAACAGAGUCAAGUACCGCGCAGACAAGCCCAUCGCAGACCUGAUCGACCUGUUGCAGAAGGAGAUACAAGGCAUCGACAACGACGUCAAGGCCAAGUUCAGCCAGUACAACCAGACCAAGUCCGCCCUCGCCGCUGCAGAACGCAAGAAGACAGGGAACCUGGCAACCAAGUCACUCGUGUCGGUAGUCAACCCCAAUUCGUUAAUCCGCGACUCGGAGUACCUCGACACCCACCUCAUCGCCGUUCCCAACGUGACCGUCAAGGAGUUCUACAAGUCGUACGAAGAGCUCACUCCUAUGGUCGUCCCCCGCUCUGCCAACCAGCUGGCAAAGGACGACGAGUUCACACUGUUCGCCGUCACAACGUUCAAGAAGUACUCGACCGAGUUCGUGCACAAGUGCAGAGAGAAGCGGUGGACACCCAGAGACUACAAGUACAAGGAGGGCGGGAAAGAAGAGGAGGCGAAGGAGGCAGACCAGCUCACCCGAGAUGCACAGAAGCAGUGGGGCGAGGCUUUGAGACUGGGGCGGACAGGAUACAGUGAGGGCGCCAUGAUCUGGAUCCACGUGCUAGCGUUACGGGUCUUUGUCGAGACAGUGCUGCGCUACGGUCUGCCGCUCGAUUUUGUCUGCGGCCUCAUCCAGACGGACGCCAAGUCGGCAAAGAAGGCAAAGACAAAUCUCGACGCAAACUACUCGUACCUAGGUGGCAACGCCUUCGGACGCGACAACAAGGGCCGCGUCAAGAAGGACGACUCGGCUCUGACAGCUGAGAUGCAAUCAUCUGGGCACGUCGGUGACCAGGAGUACACCGCGUACGUAUACUACGAGUUCGAGAUUGUAUAG